AUGGGCGACAAAGUGCCACCUUUCAAUGUUCAACGCGCAACUGUAUGCUGUGGAACCACCAGGUCUGACACAUUGUCCAUGUUUGUUGGUGAGAAAGACUUAAACAGAGUAACAGAGAUUCUCAAGAAACAUCCCUUCAAAGGACCCCAGAUCAUCUUCAGUGAUACCAAAUCCAACAAGGAAGACUUCGAGAAAAACCUUAAGGUCAACAAUGAAAUCAAGAAAAGGUGUGGAGCGAUGAAAGUGAUUGGAGCAAAUGGUGACAUCAUUGAAGCACUCAAAACCGUGGCAGAACAAAACAAAGCACUCAACAUCAUCCACAUCUCGACCACAAGCCACACCAAGGACACUGGAACAAUCUAUGUCACCCAACAAACCAGAGCAACAAAAGCAACCACAAUCGCCAAAUUCGACUUUCUUCUGUCAUCGGCAGUUUCAGAUCAAACCCAACAAAAUCCCAUGAACACCACACGCCCCUCCAUUCCGACAGCUAUAGUAGCCACCAACAGUUAUGCCGCGAUUGUAGCUGGAGCCAAAUCCAAUCAAUCCGACAAUGAAUCACAGAGCAACCAUGAAGGAGAUGCAGUAUCACAUAUGACCAACUCUGAUGCAGCCAGUAGCACCAACACUGCAAAAACAGAAAGAGAGCAAGAGUUGGAAGACACCAUAGAUGACCUGGUGAGAGAAAAGAAUAUCUUGAGAGAUGUCAACAAAGCUUUGCAAACAGAGUCAAAGGAGAUCAAAUCGACCUUGAGCCAAACUCUCCAAACACAUGCCAAGGAACAAAAGGAGCUACAAGAACAACUGCAAGCAAACAUGGAACAGACAAUGCAACAAAAACUGGAUGAGAUGCAACAACUGAUGCAACAACAGAUGGUGAUGAUGAUUGCAGCAAGUAAAAGCACCACUGAGUCACUAGCACACAAGAAAAGUAGACGUGAUGCUACCCCGGGUGCCAAUCAGCAACACAUUCAGCAGACAACUCACGAUGUAGACAUGGAUCCAAAUGAAGGACAAGAAACGAACAGCAAUGAUGAAGCUACCACCACAGAAGACAUGACAGGAGUUGCUAACCUGGAUGACAAAUUUGCAGCAGUGGAAGAACACGACAAAAGCAACAUCAGCGCCCCAAGCACGGGCGGUGAUGGAGGGUCCUCAUAA